CUCGAACCGCUGCUGAAUUAAAUUGUCUAUUUACCUAGUCGCUUGCGAAAUAUUGACAAUCGAAAUCGGCUUACGAAAUGUGUGUUGAUGAGUGCGACUGCGUUGUGGGUUUUUGUUUUCAGCAAUUACUUAACGUUGGCGUUUAGUGGAUUUUUUAUUGUGCGCAGGACUGGUAUGGAAUGUGAAAAAUUAUAUGUGCAGUCAAUAAUUUCGUUGCUGUACGAAUAUGUAGAGUGAAUAAAGAACAAGUUAUGUAAGCGCAGUGAGGAGUGUGAAACACUAGUGAAAAAAUAGCAUUAAAAGAAAAGUACAGUCAAUUCGAAAAUAUAUACUAUGCACAAAAAAAUGUUAUUUGUAGCGCAAAAAAUUUAAAACGAAACUGUGCUAAUUAAUAUCAAACUUAAUUAAAAACUAUAUUGCAACAAAAUGAAAAAACUCUAUGCCAAAGCGUCAUUUAAGAGCAAAAAACCCAGCCAAAAACACGCCAACCAGGAUUGCGUCGAUGGCGGCAUCUAUAUCAGCAAACCGCAGCAUGGUCCAAUUAUACUCGCUUAUCAAAGCGGACCCACACAACAACAACAGCAACAGCAUCCUGCUGAUAUGGAUAUGAACACAGCAACAUUGCGCAAAAUAUACAAACGUUCUGUGCCGCCCUCUGCCGAUGCCGCAGCUGCCAGUAAUGAAGAUGAAUCAUUUUUUCCACCACCACCAUCGCGCACGCCCUCUUCAGCAUCGUCGCUGUCCGCGAGCAAUCCCUCGAACGCUCGUCCGUUUCCGCCAGACGAUGCGCACUAUUAUUACUCCAUACAGGAGCUGCAGCAACUUAAUAUGCUCGAUCAUCGACACCCGCACUUCCAUCGCCAACAGCAGCAACAUCAAUUGCUGCGUCAAUCCAAUUCAGCUGCAACCGCCACCGCCACCGCCGUCUCAGCGGCAACAACAUCCGCCCCGGCCAUUUCGUUCUAUGAGCAUCAUAAACUAGUGCUGCAGCUUCCCAUGGCCGCGUCAACACCGCCGACAACAGCUACGAUGCCUGAUGCAUCGGUAACACCAACAACCACUUCGCCCAUCUACGAAGCACCCCAAAUAGUCAACAAUGCUACUGGCUACAGCGGCGCGCGUUCGCUGGACUACUUCUACAAUUAUCAUCCGCGUCGUUCGCUGCGCCCAGCCUCUGCUGCGGGUGGCAUUGAUGGUCAUUAUUUGUUGGACGACGAUGAUGAUACCGAUUUCGUGGCGGACGAUGAUGACCGAACGGCCACUGGCUUUGGAUCAUUGCCUAUUGUUGAAGCGAGGGCAAGCACUAGACUGCUGGGUUCUUCGCCUCCUACGACUGUAUCGCCGCACUCUUCCUCGCUGUCGUUCAAUAAUCUACGCAAAUUGCAACACACACACUCGAUGCCGUCAAUUUGCAUGAAGAACGACAGGUCGGAGGGAGACAAUGAUGGCGAUAGUUUGGCUGACAAUGUUGGCGGACUGCAACAAUUGCAUCAAUAUAGGAUGCAACAGCUACAGCUGCAACAACAACAACAACAACAACAACAACAACAUAGCGGUCAACAAUAUCACCCCCAAUCGGCGCGUCAUAAUUCGGUCAACGCGAAUUUAAUUAGUAAUUGGCCGGCGACAGUCAGCGCUGGAAAAAAUGUUGAACAAAGUAUUAUUGGCGCCCGUGCCUCUGUCAUGGUUUACGACGAUAACCUGAAACGCUGGGUGCCAUCGGGCACCUCAGCCGGCCUCAGUAAAGUGCAGAUCUAUCAUCAUCAACUGAACAACACAUUUCGCAUUGUUGGACGCAAACUGCAGGAUCACGAGGUGGUGAUCAACUGUUCCAUACUUAAAGGACUCAAAUACAAUCAAGCCACGCCCACAUUCCAUCAAUGGCGCGAUUCAAAAUUUGUUUAUGGUUUGAACUUUUCCUCACAAAACGAUGCGGAAGCCUUUGCUCGAGCCAUGGUGCACGCUUUGGAUGUGCUCAGCGGUCGUGUGGCCAACAAUCCUCUCAUGGGCGCUAUGGCUAUGGGUGGGCCACCGACAAAUGGAAAUGGAUAUGAGGAGGAUAUGGGAUAUCGUACGAUGACCAGCGAGGAUGCGGCGAUUUUGCGGCAGCAACAACAAAUCACAGGACAAAUCACACCAUCUGCACAGACGCCAACCUCACAGACCAAUCAAAAUAAUAUACCACAGAGCCCUCCCACACCGCAGGGACAUCAUCGCACCAGCAGAAAUUCCCUUAGCGCUCCGGCGGCUCCGCAACCGCAGCCGAUGACAAUGCCACAGCAACUACCGCAGCCACAGCCGCCAUACGGCCAGGCGGGACAGCCGAACGGAUUGCAGCAACAGGCGCAGAUACCGCCCGCUCCGGGUCAGCCACAGUACCACGCGCCACAGCAGAUGCAACAAGCUCCACAGGCCUCGCACGCCGUCUAUUCCGCACAACAGCUGGUAAACGCCGGCUAUCCGCCACAAGCACAGUAUCAGCCCAGCCAUUUUAUGUUAUCUAAUUCUAAUCCGAAUCUUAAUCUGCAUCAAUAUUCACAACAGCAGCAGCCGCCGCCACAAUGCAUACCAAGCGCGCCCCAGCCGCCAAUGCCGCCACCGCAUCAAAAUGGUGUAGGUGGAGGCGGCGGCGGCGGACCAAUUUACGUUUCUUCAUCUCAAUCGCAGCCAGCGCUGCCCACAUCCGUUAGCUCGAGCAGUGCCGUUUAUGGUGCCCAAACAAUACAGAUGCAGCAUCAGCAGCAGCAACAACAACAGCAAUCAGCUCCAAGUGGGGUACUGCAGAAUGGUGGUGGAGCUGCUGCACCUCCACCGCCUCCCCCACCACCAUUCGGGGGCGCAGGGGCACCAGCUCCUCCUAUGAUGGCCGGCGGUGUUCCUCCAGCACCAAUGCCGCCGCCAACAAAUAUCAAUCGGAGCGCACCACAAGCGCCUGCUGCACCGCCACCACCGCCGGCAGCAACUGCGGCGCCACCACCACCUCCUCCGCCACCAGCGGGAGGCGCACCACCAUCCAAAAAGGAAGAUCCACAAGCCGAUCUCAUGGGCUCGCUUGCAGCACAGUUGCAGCAGGCCAAGCUGAAGAAGAAUAAACCCACUGCGGCACCCACAGAGAAUAGCGGAAGCAGCACCUCAAGCGGAGGUAGCGGUAACUAUGGCACAAUCGGCCGCAGUUCAUCGGGCAUGGCUUCCAUGAUGGAUGAAAUGGCUAAAACAUUGGCACGACGGCGUGCCCAGGCCGAGAAGAAAGAGCCCGAAGCUGAGCCGGAAGUGAAGCAGCGUCCCUGGGAGAAGUCUAACACUUUGCCACACAAGCUGGGCUCGUCGUCAUCGAACACGAAUUGCAAUGCCGCUUCCAACAACACAUCGAACAGUGGCAGCGAAUCACCACGACCGAUGCGCAAACGUUUUGGCAGCGCCAGUGAAGAGACGAUACUUAAGCAGGUUAAUGGUGAUGGUCUGUCAUUGGCUUUAUCAAGCACUGAGUUGGACACAUUAAAGGCUGAUAUUCUGAAAGAGAUACGCUCUGAGAUACAGAAGGUCAAACAAGAAAUUAUAGAAGUUAUAAAAUCCGAGUUCAAUAGAAGAUAAGAGCAGCAACAGUCUGGCACGAGCAGCAGUAGGAGCCGCCGAACGGUGAUCAAAAAUUUAGUCGGUGAUAAAAAGAUGUAGAUGAAUUCCAGAAUGGGUAGAUGGUGUGGAAACCGCUUGUCGACCUAUUCCUUUUAAUUUAUCUACAAACUGCAGAUAGAGAAAUGCAAAUAACAUUCUUUUUUUUUAUAUAUUACAUAUAAACAUUUGAAUGGAAGCUAUUACAUAUAAACAUUUAAAUGGAAGCAACUAAAAAAAAAAAUAAGAGUACGCAUGUUAUACCAAUAUAAACAUAUAACAAUUCAGCGCUAAUAAAACCGAUAGUAAUGUUCUUGAAAAUGCAACAACAAAAACGAAUAUACAAUGAACUGAAUAUGUAUUGAAAAGUUUUAAAUACAAAUUUAAUGUAGUAUCAAAGGAUAUACAUAAAAAGUCGAAAAAUAUAUUCCCACAUCCCGGCGAGAAAUUCAAACUACUAAAUAUAUUCCGAAAAUAAGAUAGAAUGGAUGAAUUUGCAUGUACAUGUGGCUUGUGGAUUGUCGCAGUUCGAGUUGACGUCGCAUUGUGUAGAUUGAUACGGACAAACGUUUUGCAUUUGGAAAAUAACUUUCGAAAAUACUUCAAAUAAUAAAUUUAAACAUGUUUUCAUAUUAGAUAAUAAAUAAUUGCAAAGAUAUAAGGUAUUUAAGUGUAAUAUAACGUUGCUCGCUCUAUCUUAAAUUGAAUUUCCAUACUGAUCGAACGACGUUUGCUGUACAUAUUUCUAUUACAUUUAUUACACGAGUAGACAUACAGUUUUUAUUGAAAAACUACAAACAAAUAGUUUAAAUAUAUAAAUACAUACAUAUAUAUACUCACACUUAGCUACAUAUAGUAGAACACAAAUUUUGGAAUCGCUUUUUUUUUAACAGUCACUAAAUAAAUGGUUCUGUCAUUUUAAAUUCUUCAUAUACGACCCUCAAGAUUUCUUUCAAGAGACAAAAGUUACACCCAAAUUCCGCGUGCAUUUAAUAUUUGCAAGUACAUGCAGUUUUAUAUUAAUUUUUUGAAUUCAUUCCUCAACGGCUCAUUCUAUUGCGAGAAAAAUGUUGGUAAGUUAAUACGAAUAUACUCGCGAUGGUUCUGCAAUUUGUCUCAAAUUUUCGUUCGGUGUAAUUUAUUUCCCUUGAAAGAGAACUUAAGCGCUGAAGUCCCAAUUUAACUGAACCAACGUCAUAACUUUAAAAAAAUUUGACUUGUAUUAUUUUGAGCGAGAAAUGCUUAUAAUUAUUAAAGCAAAAUUUGGCAGAUAUGCUUUUGAGCAGAAAAUACAACAAUUACACAUGUAUCAAGGUGUAUUCAUAUAAGUUGGUGCUACUAGAUCAGCUGAUUAUGUGUGUAUGUUUUUUUUGUGUAUUUUGUUUGUGCUUUUUACAGGAUGCCAGCAAAACAAACGACGAAAAUUAUCUCCUAUUUUCUUUCGCUUUGACAUUCUGAUGUACCAAAAAGCAAUAACGAAGUAGAUGAGAUUUUGUGUUAAUUCGCCUUGAUAUGUACAUUUGUACAUAUGUAUGUAUUUUUUCUUAGGCAAAAACGAUAAUAAAAUGAAAUGUUUUGUUGUUUUUCUGGUUUCGUCUGUUUUGUUAGUUUUAUGGUUUUCGUGAUUUUUCGGGAUUAUUCAUAUUUUACUUUUCGAGGUUUUUCGGUAAUUUUUAACAUUUGUUCAGAACUUUUCUUUGUUUUUUUUUCGUGUACUUUUGCCUUAAAAUAUAAGAGCAAACAUAAUCGGCAUUUCUUGCACAAAAUAAUAGAAGUUGAAAAAUAAAUAAAAUGCAUUUCUUUUAAUUAUAGUCACUGGUUUCAUGUUCCAUUUUCAAGAAACACUUUCAAGCCUUUCGUAUAAAAUUUACCGAUAUGUAUUAUUUUUGUGUUUUGCUGUUCUAAAAUCGAAAUAUGCAGUUUUUUUUUUUUUAUUUUUUAAAAUAUAUAGUUCCUUAUAUAGCCCAUUCCUAAACGUGAUUGGGUUUCGAAAUAUGGAAAUUGAAUACUAAAUUCGACCAACAUAUCUUCGCUACCAUGUCAAACGAUCGAAUGUGAAAAUCGGUUCUUUUUAGGAGAGCAAAGAAACUGUUGUAAAAAAUGUUGUUGUCAUUAGGAAAAAGUGUGGGAUACGGCCAGUAUCCUCUGCUUCUAUAAAGACUAGAAAUUCGACGAUUUGUAAAUGAAAAAGCAUUUUUGCACAUUCGAUUGUUUGGCAUGGUAGCGACGAUAUGUAUGGCUAUGUAGCAUCGUCAUUAGUUGAUUUGAAUUUUUAAUUUCUCACCGUGUAUUCGUAGCAAAUACAGGCGUAUAGGCAUACAAAAAUUAACUAAAUAAAUCUACAUCGCUAAAUUUAUUAUUGUAUAUUUUUAUGAAGAUAAGUCAGUGUUUGUUUGUAUAAUUAGAUGUAUACUUAUUUUUAUUACACUUAUAUAUACAUACAUAUAUGUAUGUACAUACAUAUGUACACACCACUCUCUAUGUUUAAUUUUUCCUCUUGCAUAUAUUUCUACACUCACAUAGAUACAUAUGUACAUCCUAGCUAUAGUGUGAAUUACGUUUAAAUUAAAAAAAUUGUAAAGCAUAACGAAAAAAAGAGCAUGAAGCAAGAAAUUAAUUAAAACUGCUUUCUCAAUGUUACUAUUACUAUUAUAUAAUACACGUAUAAUAGACAAAAUAUGCUAAUAUUAUAUCGAAAGUGAAUUUAAAUAAAAUCAUCCGUGAAUUGUGAGACUACAAUUAAUAAAUAGAUUAUAUACAUACAUACAUACAUACAUUCAUACAUAAAAUCUUGCGAGUCGAGCGACGCUUUAAAUGGAAAUUAUAGCCACAGCAGACAUGUGUAGACAUGACAACAAUACGAGAACGCCCUAGUAUGUAAGUACAUAAAGCAUAACUUAGUAUAUAUUGUAUGAAUCGCAAAUGGGUAAAUCAUUUCAUUAUGGUAGCAAUUAUAUUUAAGUUAAUCAUUUGACAAGUCAACUAUUAUUUUUAACAUUUCGUAUUUAUUUUGAACUAAUUCAAAUUUACUUAAAUAGGUCCAAACUAUUGGCGGAGAGAUCAGAAAAGGAUUUGUAGAUUAAACGGUGAAAGUCUGCUAUACAAAAAUUUAGUUUAGAAUUCCAUAAAAACGAUCAUGUGCUUCCGUUAACCGAUGUGUGAGUUUGCCUUGUGCUACCACUUACAUACGUGCAUUGGGAAUUUCAAAAAAUAGUAAAACCUACGAUAUAUACCCUUAUCUUGGUCUAUGUAUAUAUUUAUUUUGCAAUUCUUUUUGCCUGUCUUUGUAUUGUCCGCAAGGGGAAAAACAUUUCCGAUACUCGUUUGAUUCAAUCUUGUAUAAGCAUCAAAAUACUAAUCUUGGAGGCCUGUUUUUUCUCGUGAGAGCGAAUAUAAGAGCAGGGUGGAAAGUAGAUCUCACAAAUCAUAAACCAAAUAAAAUAAAAACAAAAUUCACGCGAAGUUUUCCGUGUUGUGACUUUAAACUUAACCUAAAACACAAAGUGGCAUUGAAGCAAUGAUUUAUUUACGAACAUGCAUUAGCAUGUAAUACAAAUAAUACAUUCACUGAUGAGAAAAAGAAAUGCAAAAACAAACAAAAUUAUGCUGUAGUAAAGUACUCUGCUUUAGAACUCGAAUCUGAAAUUGAAACGGUAACCGAUGUCUGCACAA